AUGGCCACUGUGACCGCUUCUCGAGUCGCCAGUCGGUCUCAAUCAUCCAGUCCUGCAUCGCCCUCCUCGGCUGCAUCGGCGUCGAUCAAGUCGUACUACCGCGCAGCGACGUCGGCCUUCUUGAUCCGUGAUUAUGUCCACACCUCCCAGUCGCUCCACUCGGCACAGCAAGUGCUCUCCGCCUCCACCUCCGCCUCAUCUGCACCUCCACCUUCAGACUGGGUGCACACCCUCGCCGAGUCCAAUACGAUCCCACCCAAGGUCGAAUGGGCUCGCAAGUUGACCAUCUUUGAGAUCACCUUCCUCGCGACUUGUCGAUCCCCCCCUCUGUCUACACCCGCAACAUCAAGCAGUGCCCUCCACCCAACACACCAAUAUUACAUCGACCUCCCCCUCGAUGCCCUCAUCCCGACGCUGUGGUCCCGUCUAAUCCUCCAAGACCCGACCGGCUCCUCCUCGACGGACAUCCACGCUUCCCCACUUGCCUCCUGCGUACACCCUUCGCUCGUCGUCGCCCUCGCCCUCGCAGCGCUCAAGUUGGAUCAACCUCGACAAGCAAGAGCAGCACUCGAGGCUUACCUAGGUUCGAUCUCGGAAGAACUCGAGUCGCUCAUCGAAGGUGUUGCUCGAUCGGUCGAUUGGGCCAUCGAGUUUCAGCUGGACGAGACCAUGUCCAUGUCCAUGCACGGCCACCACAACACCACCCACGCACCCAACAACCUGUCCUCUUCGGGCAUUCUGCAUCCCCACAUGGAUGCAACGAGGGCCUUGCUGGCCAGCUGGCUCAAGGUCGUCGAUCUACUGAGUUUGCACGUCCUCCCGAGGCUCGGACAGUGGGAAGCCGCGGGCGAUUCCAUUCGCUUGCAAGGCGUCGAGAAUGCGGGAUGGAUCGGCGACGUUCGACUUGAUGUGAGUGGCGCAGUGGUUCGAUUGCAUUCACCCCGAGGAGGUUUGUGCUGAUAUGAUCAAAUCCUACGCUCUCUAGGCCGCGCUUCAACAACUCGCGGCGUUACAAAGCGAAGAGAGUGAACAAUCCGCCUCGCGGGAACAGAGGAUACGCGCCCAAAAAGAGGCCGUCGCAACUGCCGCUGCUGCAUCGGCUUUGGCGAUGGAGCAACAGCAAGCUGCACAGCGUCGAGCGAGGGCGAAUGAUAAGGGUAAAGCUCGUGCGGUGACGAAUGAGGGAGUGGCCAAGCCCCCGCCACAUGCGCAGAGGCAUUCAUCCUCCGAUCUCAGUUCGAAUGGAUCCCCUGGCUCAUCCUCCAAAUCGAGUCAUAACGGACAUGGAAGGCCUUCGAACGGGUCAAGAUCGUCCGUCAGGCAUGACUCGCACGCCUCGGAAACGGGUUUCGCAGCUAUGCGUUCCUCCCUCACUUCGUACCUUUCCCAAGCCGUACCCUCAACAUCCACCGCCUCCUCAUCGGCCCUAUCCUCGAAUCGAUCUCUCUCAACAGCCCUUUUCGAGAGUCUCAAAGGAUAUGAUCCUGUAAGACUGUUAUCGACCGUCUGCGUGGCAUUCGCAUUCAUCACCUGGGUCCGACGAACGGCGGCGAGGAGGAGGGCGGAUGGCAAGAGUGGAUUAGGUGUUGUGGAAGGGCUUUGGACUGUUGUUGGAAAGUUGGGAGAGGUCGUCAAGAUGGGUACUAAGGUUACGCAGCUGUGA